UCAGUAAAAAGACUUCAGCUGCAAAGUCAGCUCUCGUGUAUCCUCGGUCAUCGCUCCUCAGAUCUCUCUCCUCUCUCCUCGUUCCUCUCCUCCUUUCAGUUAUAAGAGCUUUGGGACAAUCUUUAUCAUGGCGGGACUUGAACUACUUCCGGUUUGGCCGAGGAGAUAGCGAUUUCCUCGAUUUCAUAAGGACCGAUAUAACAAGGAGCCAGCUUCUUGGAAGCAACACUGAGGGGAAUGUGUUUAGAACUUAGCCAAACCUUCUGACCGGGAGAGUAGUUGGGAGCAGAAUCUCUGUGGCAGUCAGCCAGUCUCUGGUUGCACUCUCUGGUCCUUAAAAGUGCUGCCCUGGCCCCAACCCAGACUCUGCGGAUCUGACGACGGUGAGUUUGGACUGAUUGUAAUUUGAUUUCCAUCUCCUGUGCAGGGAAGAGAGGAGGUAAAUAACCCUAAGUACACUCAUAAGGCACCAUACCUGUGACUGAAGAGGUGAGUAAGUUGAGGGCAAACGCCACCCAAGCCAGGUGCUCACUCCACGAUGAAGGUUUUUGGGCACAUAAACAUCUGAGGGCUGCUUCGAGGUCUCGAGGGCCCUCUCAUUCUGCCCGUUGGUUUGAAGGAUGGUAGCCAGAUGAUAAACUGACCGUUGCCCCAGUGCCCGACAGAAAGCUUUCCAAACUUAUGAGGUGUAUUGUGGUCCUCGAUCAGAGACGAUAUCCAAUGGUUUCCCAUGGAAUCGGAAUACAUACAGCUUUGGAGAGCCAGUCAACAAUGAUGAGUACUGUAGUAUUACCUUGUGAAGGUGGUAAACUGGUAAGGAAGUCCAGGGCAAUGUGAGACCACGGACAGCCUGGCACUAGGAGCGGACGGAGGAGAUCCACAGGAGGGCGAUGGGAUGCUUUACUAUGGGAGCAGACAGAGCAGGUUUUAAUAAAUUCCUUGGUAUCAAUAGUCAUGGUGGGCCACCAGAAGUGUCGUCGCAGCAGGUCCAGGGUGUGAGAGACCCUCGGAUGUGCAGAUCUCACUACUGACUCGGUUGCCCGCGUGACAGCUGCCACCAGGCAUGAUGAGGGGAGAAUCGUGUCAGGAUUAAUUGGUGUCUCAUCUGCUGCAGCGAACUGUCUGGAGAGUGCGUCAGGUUCGAUAUAUUUACUUCCUGGUCUAUAGGUAAGGUUGAACUUGAAACGGCCAAAAAACAAAGCCCACCAGGCUUGUCUGGUGUUGAGCCUUUUGGCCUUCUGGAUGUAUGAUAAGUUCUUGACCAAACCAGAAAGGGUGUCUUAACUUCCCUCCAACCAGUUCUAAUGCCAACUUCACAGCCAGAAGCUCCCUAUUACCCAGGUCGUAAUUCCUUUCUGCGGGGGACAGUUUGCGGGAGAAAAAGGUACAAGGAUGCAAUUUUUGAUCUUUGUGAGAGAAUGGGGCCGACACCCACAUCUGAGGCGUCCACCUCCAUGAUGAAUUGGAGUGCGAGAUCAGGCGAUCUGAAGUUGGUUCUCCACACGAUUGAGGCUUGUGGAGAUCACUUGCAGGGACUCCAUGUGUCACAGCCCUGCUCUGCCUCUCAGUACUUUUCCAUUCAGACCGCCUCCCUCUCACUCUACCUGUCAGGCACACCCACCUCAUCAGCUCUCUCAGCUGCAGCUAAUCAGUAAUCAAGCACCUACAUAAGCUGCUGCUCCAAACUCUCUCAUUUCCAGAUUGUCAUCACAUUCAUACCUCAUUCCAUCGGUUUCCCUUGGACUGAUCUACAGGUCCUGCAUGUCUUGGGCUCACCUUCUCCAUCAAAACCUUGGUGUCACAGUGAGCACAGCUGUGGAUCUGCAGAAGAGAAUUAUUAAUGGUAGUCCAUGUGGAAAUGAAGAGCGCCGGUACCAUGUCAAGUUAAUAGCAUCAAAUGGGAAGAAAGACUUCUUCUGUGGUGGCUCCCUGAUCAGUGAGAGCUAUGUUCUGACUGCAGCUCACUGCUGGAAACAGGGGUGGAAUAUGACUGCAUUAGUAGGAGUGCAUCCAGGUCAACCAGAAGGAGUGACAAUCACAGAAUACCAUAUCUACAAUGACACUAAUGGGAACCAUGACAUCAUGCUGCUGAAGUUACCACAACCCACUCAGAUUCCAUACGUAGCACUUCCUAAUGAAAAUAAAUGUAGUAAAUUUCAUAAAAUCCUUCGGACUGCAGGACAUGGAGCCACAAUUAUGGGUCCUGAUCAUAAAAGAGGAAUUGAUAGACCAAAAGAACUUCACUGUGCUGACAUCCCAGUCUUCCAGUGUCCGGACUAUAAAAAAUGUCUGCAGAGCAGCCCUUACCGAACAGCUCAGUAUUACAGCUAUCAACACUUCUUCUGUAGCCAAUCUAAUACUGUGGAUAUUUCUCCAGGUGACUCUGGUGGAGGAGCCGUGCAAAAUUGCAGGAUUUACGGGGUCAACGCUUUUGUUGCUAAUGGUACUCAUGCCUGCGUUAACAAAUCUGGAUACAUGGACGUCUGUAAAUACAUGCCAUGGAUCAAAGAGAAAGUGGGUCUUGGUUUUUUUAACAAAGUUAGUAAUAAAGCUUUGUCCAGGGGGGAAGGGGGUAAGUGUCUUAAUCCUUAGUUGUCCUUGUGAAGCCCAUUUGAAAAAAGAAACAGCAUUACUGCUAAAGCAUUACUGAAGUGAUUUGAUUUAACUGUUAGAAGGCAAAAAAAACAUGUUUAAAAAUGUGCAUUUUCCAAUAUACUCAUGAAAUGUAUUUGGCUUUUUUUUGUCAGUUUGUCUGUAAAAACUAUAAACAUGUAAAAUAUGAUCAUGAUUAAUGAUGAA